AUGGCGCACAUCACCGAGAAGACAGACGCUGUUACUCACUCAGCCCACUCCGAGUCCUCCGCCGAGCACAUCGACCAUGCCGGCGCCGCUGAGCUGGCUGUAGCCAUGGAGAAGGGCAAGGAUGUUGGCGCGGAAGUCCAUUGCAGCGACGCGGACAACAAACGCAUCCUGCGUAAGACAGAUCUCUGGAUGCUCUCACUACUCUGCAUGGUCUACUUCCUGCAAUCCGCCGACAAGGGAAUCAUCGGCCUGACCGCUGUAUAUGGUCUCAAAAAAGAUGCGCACCUCGCGGGCAACGAUUACAGCAACAUCGGCAACAUCGGCUACUACGCUCAGCUCGGUGUACAGCCCCUCGCCGCCUACAUCCUAGUCAAGCUACGUUACCGCUACGUCCUGCCCGUCAUCAUCACAUGUUGGGGCAUUUCGGUCGCCGGUGGACUCGGUGGGUCGCGUAACUAUGCUGGUCUCCUCGCCUCUCGCUUCUUCCUCGGCGCCUUCGAAGCAGCUGUCGUCCCGCUUUUCUCCAUGAUCACCAUUGCCUUCUACCGCCGUUCCGAGCAACCCUUUCGCGUUGCGUGCUGGUAUUCGUGCUACGGUCUCAGCACGCUCAUCAGCGCACCCAUCGUGUACGGUUUUGGUCGCGUGCACUCCGCCACACUCUAUCGCUAUCAGGUCGUGUACCUCUUCUUCGGUCUCUUGACCAUUGUCAUCGGCCUCGCGACUUACUGGUGGGCCCAUGACAGCCCGGGCGAGGCUCGCUACCUUUCUCCCGAAGAUCGGCUGAAGGCCGUUGAUCGUCUCAAGGCCAAUCAACAAGGUAUCUCUAGCCACAAAUUCAACUGGUCGCAGGUGUUUGAGGCGUGGACUGAGCCCAAGUACUACCUUUACAUGAUCAUGGUCAUCGCUGUCAAUGCUGGUGCUUCAGUGUCCUCGGUCUUUGGAGCUAUCAUCCUGCAAUCCCUUGCUGGUUACACCGCUGACCAGGCGGUCCUUCUCAACAUUCCCUUCGGCGCAUUGCAGGUCGUUUCUAUCCUCGGGGCAUCGUGGUUGGCCUAUCGUUUCAAGCGCAAGUCGCCUUUCUUCUUGGGCCUGGUGACCAUUGUCAUUAUUGGCGUUGCGCUCUUGGUCGGUCUGCCGAAGACCAAGGCGAACAAGGGCGGUCUGCUUGCGGGCUACUACCUGAUCGCCUUCGUCUACGCUAUCAACCCACUCCUCAUCUCAUGGAUGGGCGGGAACUGCGCUGGUCAGACGAAGAAGGCUGUCUACUACACCUCUUUCAAUGCCGCCAAUUCUGUUGGUAACAUCAUCACGCCAUACAUCUUCAACUCGAAGUUCGCUCCUCAAUACGUCAACGCACUCAAAGGCAUCCUGAUCAUCUGGUGCAUCCUCUGGGGAGUCGUCGUCCUUCAGAUCCUCCUCAUCACCCGCAUGCAGAAGCAGAAGGCGAAUGCGCGGGAAGCCGCCGGUCUGCCACGUGACCCUCCUGAUUUGUCCAUGAGUGGGCAUUUCCAUGAGGCUGGUACGGAGGUACAUGGCGAGCACGGGUUGAGGGAUGAGACGGAUAAGCAGAAUAUUUACUUUCAGUAUUUGUUGUAG